AUUUUUUUUUUACUUUAAAAUGGGUCGAGUUGACAUAACAGGAGGGUUAACUUGUCUAAACCAGAAGCAGCCUCAGACUGCAUAAGUGAGAUCAGAUCAGCCUCAGGAGGCAGGACAGUUUAGGAUGUAGACGAGCAGCUGCUUAUAAACCAGCAGCAUAAAGUGACUGAACGACACACUGCGCCAAUGAAACGAUGCUCCUCUCCAACAUCACACACUCUCUGACUGCGGGAGUGCCUCUCGCGGUGAACUUCGACAGUCCUGUGGAGUAUCUCAUCUUCAUUUUCCAGAUUCUGUUCGCCACCACUGCUGUUCUCCUCUCCGGGCCUGUGGUCGUUACCAUCCUGGUCACCAGAACGCUUUACCUCCAGAACAGGUUCAUUUUCAUGCUCAACACCAGCCUUUGCGACACUCUGGUGGGCUUUUCGGUGUAUUAUCUGGGUCUGUUCGACGUCCAGGAGGGCUUCCCUUCCAGAAAUGGCACUUACAACCUGCUGCCCUCUCUUCUUGGGGUCAACAUUAUGACAUUUCUAUUUGCGCAAUUUGACCGCUAUUUCGCAGUUUGUCAUCCUUUUAUCUACUCGCGCUUUGUGAGACGGUGGAUGGUCGUUUUUGCAAAUGUCUACUGCUGGUGUCAUGUUUACAGCCAGACAAUCGUUAUGGUGUUCUUGCCGCUUUCCAAAGCGAUACAGAUGUAUGUUCUGAGCAUUGUCAGCCUGCAGCUCAUCGUGCUCACCAAAGUGGCCAUGACCAUCAAACUGUAUGUUGUCGCCAGAUACCAGCUGGCGAGAGAUCCUCCCAGCGCAGAGAGGGAGAGCAAAAAGGAGUCGCUCAGAAUUAUCAUCUUUGCUGUCAUAACUUUCCUGCUGCUGUGGUACCCCUCUUUCGUUAAUAUCGUCCUCAGAUUGGCGCUGGGAGUCGGGCUGAACUUCAGGAACCAAGCCACCAAUCUGUUCGCCGUCCUGGCUCGCUUUAACGCAGUGUCCACUCCGGCGGUGUACCUGUGGGGGAGUCCGGCCCUGAGGAGAGCCAUGCUGUGGACGGUGUGGGCCAGAGUGUGUCCGAGGUGCAAGAGGAGGUGA